AUGGGCGCAAGCCAGCCAACCCGCAACGAGGACAAAAGCCAAAACUCAUACACAAAAGAACAGACAAGCCCCCAAAGACAACCCGAAUAUCUCCCCCGUCAGACCGCCAAAAUGGUGCAGCCGCGUAUGCUCACAAAAGCGGACGAGGCAUCAGCCAAUGACGAGAAUGAAGUCCGUCGCGAGGACCAGGAGAAGAUUAACCGGUUCAGUCGAUUGCAUCAGCGCGAGACUGUGCUCCAGGAGCAGUUGAAGGGGAAGCAGAAGGAUAAGGAGGAUUUGGAAGAGGUUUCGAUGGAGUUGGAGCUUGCUGAUGAAGAUGAGCUUGUGCCUUACAAAAUCGGCGACUCCUUCUUCCAACUACCGCUAUCAGACGCGCAGGGAAUGCUCUCCACCUCAACAGAGAAGAUCGACGCAGAUGUCUCCAAGUUGGAGGACUCGCUUGGCGAGCUGCGUGAGGAAAUGCAGCAGCUGAAGGUUGCGCUGUAUGCGCGGUUUGGUCGGAGCAUUAACCUGGAGACUUGA